AUGUGGCGGGUGUCGACUGCUCCCCUUCUUCUUGUCGCAGUUCUAUCAAGCGCAACCGAUUUAGAGGAACAAGUUUACGACCUCCCUGGAGGAGAAUACACGGAAUAUGCAAGCUUGUUGGAUACUAUACCACAGUCACAACAUAUCUCGUCCAAACGAGUAGAUAUGGACAGUGACAUGCCAGGAGUAUUUCGAUUUGGGAAGCGCGAAGAUCAUGUGAAAAAAAGUGUUCCUGGAGUCCUUCGCUUUGGAAAACGAUCCAAUAAGAAAAGCGUGCCAGGUGUCCUUCGAUUCGGAAAGCGGAGUGUUCCACAUGUGUUGCUGCUCGGAAAAAGAGGAGCUGAUGUUUUCAGAUUUGGAAAGCGGAACAACGGUAACAUGAUUUCUUUUCCGGUACUCGUAAAGAAGAGUGUUCCUGGUAUGCUUCGUUUUGGAAAAUAA